UAAGAACUAAAUUUACAAGCUAACAAGUAAAUUCUCACAAAUUUAUAAAAUGGCAAAAACUUUUAAGUUAAUUUCGGCUGGAUUUUCUAAUAAAGCAGUUAAACUUGGAAUUUUUCCAAAGUUUGGAAUUCCACGUGCAUUUAGCAUCUUGAAUGACGGAUCCGAAGACCUUACAAGAAAUUUUAGAAAUUCGAUACCUACAAACUGGAGAGUAAAAAAACCAAAAAAUCAUAUUUGCGAAUUUCAGUUAAGAAAGUGCUAUGAGAAAAAUUUUUACGGAACAAAAUCUCCUGACGAUUCGAAUUUUAAGGAAUCAGUUUGUUCAGACAAAUCAUCAAAAUGGCCAUCGGGAGUAAAGGCAAAUUUCAAAUUUCAUUCGGAGACGGAAGCUGCUUUAAACGAACAGAUUAAGGCAGAAUUCACAGCCUUUUAUUACUACCUAUCAAUGGCAUCAUAUUUUGGACGAGUAGAUGUUGCACUUCCAGGCUGCGAAUCAUUUUUUACGCAAAUGCAUCAUGAAGAACAUGGUCAUGCUUUAAAGUUAAUGAAUUAUAUAAAAUUGAGAGGAGGUUCAGUCAUGUUGUGCCCAAUCCAAACUCCUGAUGAUCAAGAUUGGAAAAGCCCUCUAAAUGCAUUCAAAACAGCUCUUCUUCUGGAAAUGGAGGUAACAGAGAAACUAGUUUCAGUAAACAAGGUGGCUGAAAAACAUGGAGAUCUGAAUGCAAGUGACUUUAUCAUUACGUACUACAUGCAAGAUCAGAUGAAAAGUAUUAACGAAAUAGCGAGACUAGUAACAAUUUUAUCAGGAAUUGGUGAUCAAUCUCUAGCCAGAUUUAUCUUCGACAAAGAAUUGCUCGAAAAUUACGUAAUGUCGGAUUUCAAUGUUUUAAAGGAUUCCAGCGUUUUCGAAUAUACAGAAGAGUCGCUAAAGAAAGUAAAAAAAAGUAGAAAUGAAGAAAAAAAGUAAUUUUCUUUUUUUUACCUAAUAUAUGUACAAUUUUAAAUCCCGUUUUUAUAAAA